GCAUUUUAAAGAAAUUACUAGCAAACAAAGUAAAAAAUAAGCCCAUACAAAUGCAGUCGCCAUAUUUUAUAGCUCUUUGGUGGCUACUUGUAUAUGAUUCUCUUUUAUGGCAAACAGCUGUUGCACGGCAGAAAUUCUGUGGUGAUAGCCUCUCACAGGCAUUGGAUUUGAUCUGCACUAACGGUUAUAAUGUCCUAUUAAUCAAUCCAUCUCAAAAACGCACCGAGUCUGAUAUGGACGAAUCAGUUGCAACCAAGUAUAAAAAUGAAGUAUCGGGAGAGUUACUUUUAUCGAGUUAUCCUCUCAUCAAUGGAAUGAAUCCAGUUUUGUCGAAAAUGUUUAAAAACAUGUUGGCAUCAGUGCGUCAUCGACGUAGUCGUAAUGGAUUGUUCCAAGGCAUAUAUGAUGAGUGUUGCACGCAGCCUUGCUCUUAUGGAGAAUUGUCCGCUUACUGUCGUCCUAAUUAGCUAGAGCAGUUUUAUAAAUCUCAUUAUUAAUUCAUAUUAUUAAUUCGUAUCUUGAAAUGCACUUAUAUGG